AUGGUCACAACCUCGGGCUUCUCGCAUGCACCCGUCACCCGCUUCGUGAUCCUCCUCUCCAUCUCCACAAGCAUCCUCUCGUCCAUCCUCGACCUCAAACACUACCUCCCCAUCCGCCCGACACCCCACCUAUGGCCCUACGUGCAGUUCUCGCGCAUCUUAACAUUUCAAACUGCAUACACAUCGUCGACGGAACUCCUGUUCUCGACGGCCCUGCUCUACCAGUUCCGCGUGCUCGAGCGCCUGUGGGGGAGCCGCAAGUACGCGAGUUUCCUGUUCGUGUGUUUCUGGCUGAAUGUCUUGAUCCUGCCGACGCUGGUCACGGUGCUGAAACUGGGGUCGCUGGGCAUCUACAAUUACCUGCCCAGCGGCUUGACCGCUGUCGUCUAUGCUUGUCUCAGUGCGUGGGCAGACGAGGUGCCGCAGUUGUACCGCUACAAGAUCAUUACGGCUGCUAGUCCGGGGCCCGGCGGGCGUGGUGGAAGAGAUGCGGUUGCAAAUGACGAGGGAGAAGACUCUGGGGCCAGCAGUAGUCACCUCGGUGCUGCGGCUGGAGGACGGGCGCGGCAGCUUUCCGGUAUCGUGCUGAGCGACAAGUCUACGACGUAUCUCAUCGCUGCGCAGGUGGCGUUGAGCCAGUUCCCAUAUCAGCUGCUUCCCGCCGCGGUGGGUUGGACGAUCGGCACGGCUUGGAUGGGCGAGCUGCUCCCUGGUGGGCUGGGCAGAUGGAGAGUGCCGAACUGGGUGGUGGGAGAAACCAGCAAUAGCAAAGAGAGAGGUCAGUUCGAGGGCUUGCGGCGUCGUCUUGAGGAGGAAGGCAGUUCCGCAGACGGUAUGAGGAACGUCAGUGAUAGUGUUGGUGCUGCUGCGGCGACAACCAGCCAAGGGAAUUCGCGGCGGCGCUUUGGUGGGCAAAUCCUAGGGUAUUUCACCGGUUCUUGA